AAAUAUUCAAGAAUUUGAUUUCAAUCAUGCGAAAGGGAUUGUUUUGCAUGAUAACGGUAAACCAAUGCUUCGUAAAUUGAAUGCGGAUUCUCCUAUUGUUUAUAUUCCAUUGUCUCAAUAUUCAAUUUGGGAUAAUUUAAGAAGUACAAGUUUAUUUGAAAGCAUUAACGAGGUGAAAAUGAAUGAUACAAAUUUUCAAAUUCACGUUCCAGUUUCAACAGUUGAAUAUACAGCUGACGUAUCUGAUAGUUUUAUUAAAGAUAUCGAGAGCGCGCUUAAAAUUUCGAACGAAAUUGAAAGAAAAAAGGUUAUAGAAAAGAACUUUGAUUAUUAUGGAAAUUACGUUGUAACGAAGUUCACACUUGGAGGUAUUAUCACAAUUAGAGAUUGGAUAAACGUAUCUGAUGAAA